CAUCCUUACAUCUUCCCUUUCUUCCCUUCUUAUCCUCUCUGGUUCUCUCUUCUCUGUGAUUUUGAAAUAGUGACCAGCCUUCAAAUACUAAUCCAACCUCCAUCCAACCGGCAGUAACCAGGGCCGUUCCGUGGUUCUGCCCGACCAAGAAUCCUUUUAAUUCCCCCCUCCGCCAGCAUAACAACCAUGUCAACAACGACAACCACGACCACCACUGCCCUUAAUACGACGCUUAUCGGCAUGCCUACUGAUAUUACAGCUUCUGAGAAGCAUUGUGGUCACGAGGGAGUCCUGUCGCAAGGCGAAAUGGCGGCCGAAGAGGCCCAGCGGAGAAUCAAGGAGUUAGAAGCGCAGGUUCAAUUUCUCAAAUUACAAAAUACGGGGUCGGUCGAAAAACUCGCCGAGUACGACGAAGAAGUCCGCCGACUACGCUCCCAAGCCAGCGCCUACACACCGCGAACAUCGCGAUCCUCUCGAUCAUCCGACGACAUGGAUAAAUCGCUAUCACCAACCCAACUCCCAGCGUCCAAUGGCCCCGUACAGCCACAACCGCAACAACAACAGAGCCGUUUUACCGCGCUAACGUCCUUCUUCCCGUACGGUCGUCGUCCUAGCGCUACACCUACGCCUCCGCCUCCACCAGCUUCAGCGCCGCCACAAACUCAAUCCCACGUUAUCCCCCCGUAUCCUGGCCCCGAUCCCGAAGAAACAAUCCAAUUGCAGAACGCGCUCAGUCGGGAACAAAACUUGCGCAAGGCGGCGGAGAACCAAUUGUCGCAGGCGGCUACGGAACUGGAAGAUUUGACGGCACAAUUGUUCAGUCAGGCGAAUGAAAUGGUAGCGCAAGAGCGGAAAGCACGCGCACGGUUGGAGGAACGGGUUGCGGUGUUGGAACGAAGAGAUGUUGAGAAGCGGACACGGCUUGAUCGGUUGGAAAAGGCGAUGCAGAGGGUGGAGAGGCUGAGGGCUAUGGUCGGAUAGCUCUCUCCUUUUGCCCCCCACCCUCCUCUACUUUCUUUUCUCUCUUUGACAUGUCCCAGUUUGCAUUGGUUGCAUCGAUUACAUAUAUACCCCUCUACGCUUAUUUUUCUCGACAUGGGACAUGAAACCAAAUUGUUUUGAUGGGUCACGGCGCGAUGAACGAUACGAUCAGCAUAUUCAGGGAACAGGCGCAUCGUGUUUAUUGUUUUAUCUAAUUUGCUCUUUUCUUGUUUAACACUUUGUUACUGGCGCAGAUUGUGGUUUCAGCAUAUUCUGAUAUUUGGUAUUUGUUUACAUGUAUACUACACCCAGAUUGAUUCCCAUUGAUUGAAUUAUUUCUUUUGAUCUACAAGUAUAUAGUAC